GGAAGUGCGUGAGAGUCGGUGCUGUCUACUCCUACUGAAUGAUGUUUUACACUUCAAAAAGUAUUACGACCCAUCCAUUUCUUUAAUUGGCUUUCGCAUUGUUUUAUUGAUUCGAACACGUAUAUAUUGGAAAUAACAUCCCACAGGAGGAAAUCGGACAAACAAUGCGUAGUUUACUCAAGUUGGCAAGUCCCGCACUGCUCCUGUAUUGCAUUUUCUCUUAUAUGAUGGCAUUCUCCUCAGGUUGUGAUACAAUGCUGGAAAUAGAGAGAGAAAGGGAGCUGUGUCUAAAAAUGGCAGAAUCUGAAAAUAUCACUUUUGGGUGCAGAGGAAUGUGGGAUAAUAUAACCUGCUGGCCAAAUGCCAAAGUUGGAGAAGUGGUUGAGGUCAAGUGUCCAACAUAUUUUGGUCUUUUCUCAAAUUUACAUGGUGUUGUGACAAGAAAUUGCUCCAUAGAUGGAUGGACAUAUGUAAAUCCUCAAGCUUAUGCUGAAGCUUGUGGAUACAUUGACAACAAUACAGAGGUAGAAGAGACUCAGUUUUUUGGCUCAUUGAAGACUGGAUACACAGUAGGACACAGCUUGUCUCUGGUUUUCCUCACGGCAGCUAUGGUAAUCCUUUGUGUAUUUAGGAAACUACAUUGCACAAGGAACUAUAUACACAUGAACCUCUUUAUGUCCUUUAUUCUGAAGGCAAUUUCUGUCUUUGUAAAAGAUGUUAUACUCUUUUCUAAUGAGGAAGGCUGCCUUGUUAGUCUGGUGGGCUGCAAAUCAGCUGUCGUCUUUUUCCACUACUGUAUAAUGGCCAACUUCUUUUGGCUCCUGGUGGAAGGCCUGUAUCUUCACACCUUAUUGGUCAUCUCAUUCUUCUCUGAAAGAAAAUAUUUCUGGUGGUAUGUCCUGAUUGGCUGGGGGGGUCCAUCAGUAUUCAUUGCUGCAUGGAGCAUCACAAGGGCUUAUCUUUAUGAUAAAGGUUGCUGGAAUGAUAUUGAACCUCCAUACUGGUGGAUCAUCAAAGCUCCAAUUUUGGUUUCCAUACUGAUUAAUUUCAUUCUUUUCAUCUGUAUUAUUCGAAUACUGAUCCAAAAGCUUCAUUCUGCUGAUGUUGGAAAAAACGAGUCCAGCCAGUAUUUGAGGCUGGCAAAGUCCACGUUAUUGCUGAUUCCGCUGUUUGGAGUCCAUUAUAUCAUUUUUGCUUUCUUUCCGGAACAUGUCAAGAAGGAGUUGAAGAUGAUAUUUGAGCUCAUUGUUGGCUCGUUUCAGGGCUGUGUGGUAUCAAUUCUUUACUGUUUCCUUAAUGGUGAGGUUCAAUCAGAAAUCAAGAGGAAGUGGAGACGAUGGCAUGUGGAGAGACUACUAGGCACAGACAUGAAAUAUCACCACCCUUCCAUGGGAAGCAAUGGAACCAACUUUAGCACCCAGAUUUCAAUGCUUACGAAGUGCAGUCCAAAAGGGAGAAGGGCUUCUGGAUUUCAAGCAGAUUCAUCUUUAGUUUAAAAGCAGUAACUACUUCAUUUCGUAGAGGCUCUUGACCUGUGAAUAACCACUCACUACAAAAGAGGUUUUAAAGAGGGAAAUCAUCUUUCAUACUGAUCAAAAGCUGUCUUUGAAUAAGACACUAUUAUAGGAGUUUAAGGUUUAAUGUUAAUGUGACACAAGUGAAUGUGACAUACUCCAUCGCUGUAUGUCUAAAUUAGUUUUGUAUAUACUGAAAGUCAUCUGUUUUUAUUUAUUUUACAUCCAUAACACCAUAUUAAUUACAUUAAGGCUGUUUCAGAAAAGGUUUUAUUUGCCAAAUUAUGUUAUGAACAUCACAGGGCAGCCUGAGAACAUUAGGAUUACAAUUAUUAAGAGUCAUUACAACCAGAGUGGAUAUUGUAGCAACACACUUAAAAUAAGGUUUAAAGUGAAAAAAAAAGAGUUUAAAAAGCAAGAAACCUGUGUCUACACUGAAGUCAAAUCUAAGGCUUUUAGAAUGUGAAUGCCCUUUGCUGCACUAUAUAUGUUUAUGUACUUUGUUUUUCACUUGAAAAAUGUGCAAGCUGUUGUUUUUUUUUUUUUCUAAAUUAAGUUCUAAAAUAUCUUUGCAUAAGGAAGCACAACAUUGGCCAAUUUAAAGCCACUCUCUUUAGACAUAAAGUUUAUAUUAUCCCAUAGUUCUGUUUUUAGAAUUACUGAAUCUGUUCUUUUCAAAAACUAUUAAGGCUAUGGUUAACUUAAAACCCUAUUUGAAUUUAAAUCCACUCACAUCUUUUGACAAUAAGGCACAGUACAAUUUACUGGCCUCCUGGCUUUAAUUUUCCAAUAUCCCAGUACUCGGUAAACAUGGCAGUAAAUUUGAAUUUGAUCUUUUAAUGUAGAAGCUGCUCAAGAGCAGAAGUAUGAGAUCAGUCAUAGGGCUGUGAUCCUAACAAUAUUAUAACACUGCAAAAGUGGGAAAGGGAUCUGUUAGGAAAUGGGAAACUGUUCAUUUCUCAAUUGGAAAUAGAUCUAUGGACCCUUUAAAAUUACCAGUUGCAGCAGGCUGCCAUGCUGGUUAUUGGCACACUGGUCAAGAUGCCAGUCUAGCCACUGUCCAUGCAGCAGUCAGAAAUUUCCAAAAUAUACAAACAAGGUCAAUUAAAAGUUUAAAGAGCAUGGAUAUAAAUAAACUUUACACAUUUAUUCCACUUUACCUUACAGUAUAUGAUCAAAAUAUAUUUCAUAAA